UGAACAGCAGCACGAUGGCUUCCUUUGUGCUCUUCAUUUUCACCAUCUUCCUCCUUUCUGUGGCAAGAUAUGCAGAGGCAACAAAAUGUCUUGAGUGCUUCAAUGAUGGAGCAAGUUACUGCAGUAGCACGGAAAAAAACUGCCCAAAUGGACAAAAGUGCAUAGGUGUUAGAUCUUUUGCCAACUUGUCGACAGAGCCUAUUUUAAGUGAAUCCAUGGCCAGAAGCUGUGUAGCUUCUGCAUAUCAUUUGGAGGGCUCCUUCCAUUUCAAUUUUGGAGACAAACAUAUUUUUGAGUUCCAGUCUCAGGUUUGCAAUGAAACAAAUCCAAACUGCCCCACUAUCCUUCCAGGAGACAUAAUGCGCAUCUAUGAAAAUGGGAAAUCUUGCCCAAAAUGUUACAGAACAGGUUACGAUAACUGUGAGAGCGAUGGAGAAGUGCUUUGUCUGGGUGAUUUAGUGAACUGUACUGAAGUGAAUGGAGAAAUAACCAAUAGGAAAUCUGGUACAAAAAUCCCUUUUGCUGGAAAAGGUUGUGUCAGCCGAUCAGUUUGCAACCUUGGAGGGAAGUCAGUCCAGCGUGGGAGUUACACGUUCACAUUUAAAAACCUUCAGUGCACUAAAGCCAACGGGGCUCUUUCAUCGUUGCGACGCCUGGCUUUCACUCUGGAGAAGAAGGACCUUGGGCCACAGGUGUCCUUCUUCCUUCCAUGCAUCCUUGGGAUCUUUGCUGUGAAAAUUCUCUCCUAGUUAAGUGAAAGAUAACCUGCAAAGGCCUUAAGAAGGAUCAGGUUGGGGUCAAUCUCCCUCCCUUUAAGCACUGAUGAUGUUACCUAGUUUGGUACUGAAACGUCUACAAGAAAACCACCAAGCUCACAGAACAUCGAGGAGCCCACAACUAAAUUUAUGCUGCAAAAAUUCUAUACCUCUCUGUUGCCACUCUUAAUGUCCUUCUCAAAGUUGCCAUCUAUAUAUAUUUUUAACAGGAGAAAUUAUGGACUAAAUUGGAAUUAUUAACUUUAUUAAUUCCAAUAAUAACUUUAUUAACUAAGUUUUCAUCCCCUUAUUAUGGAAUUACAAUGAAUGUGGUAUAAAUAUCCUGCCCCCGCAAAUAUUUGGGCCCCAUCUCCUGACAUGAGGUCGAGAAUCCCACCCAAAGGCUAAAUUCAACUUCAAACCCCCAAAUUUGCUUACUUGCAGGAUAUUUUCCUUGAAGAGUUUGGUGGCAUUCAACCACAGGUUUUGCUUGAAGCAGAAUGAAUUUGGUGACUGGAGCCACAACAUCUAGGCAUUCACAAUAUGACUUCAUAUUUCAAAGCAAUUGAUCCACCGAAAAAUAAUUUACCUCAAAAUACAGUGUUCUCACACCUGAAUUUCCUUCAAUCAAUUUAGGUAUAUCUAUAGAUGUACAUGCACACUUUAUCAGGAUUUGAGUGAUAUAUUUAUAUAACGCAAUGCUUUAAUGGUUAUUCUUAAAACUUGACUCUG